AUCCCAUCUUUUUCCACCAUUAUAUAAGACAGAAUAUCGACAAUUUUAAAGCAACUCCGUAGUUUGCUGAGUUUCCAUAUCAAGAGCAAAACCUUUCUUUGAAAAAUCGAAACAGAAACAGAGAGAUACACAGAAAUAUUCGAAUCUCCGUAAUCAGAUAAACGAAAUAAGUUUAAUUUAAUUGAGUAUUGAGAAUUGACGAUGGCGUUGGGAAAGAAGAGUGGUUGUUUGAAAUCGAAAACCGUCGUCUCAGCUACCGAUAAAGGGCUUGAUUUCGGAGUGGUGAGAUACACCCGUGGUUUAGGAAGGAAACGCGUCGUGAUUUCUUACAAUGAGGAAGAUUCAUCCAUCGACUUGACGCCGAAGGCGCAGUCAAAGAGGCGCUGCAGCGUUGUUAGUACGGCGGUGGACUCCGAUAGGUCUCUGCUCGAGGCUCUGCCACAGGAGAUUCUGAUUAAGGUUCUCUGUGGUGUGGAACAUGACGAUUUGAAACAGCUAGUCCGAGUUUCAAAAACAAUCAGCGAAGCGACUUUGGUUGCAAAAGAAUGGCAUUUCGCUUACAACACUCCCUCAAAGGUCCGUACAUUUCGCACCGCCAUUGAAUUAGACGAUUCCAGCGAUUACGACGAGAUUGAAGCCCCAUAUGCUCCUCACACAAGACGAAUCAGAACUCCAUUAAACAGAAAGAAGCUGGCUGAGAUAUCCGUAGCCUUAUUUGUCGAAGAAGAAAAUCAAUGGCCAAAGAAAAAAUUGCCCAUUGAGAGAGAGGUGUGAAUUUUAACAACCCCGAGUGCUCUGUAAAUACAAUCUGUAUUUAUACUGUUGUAAGAAACACGAUUAUGGUAGUAGGAAGAAAGACGUAGUUGGGAAUCUGAAAUCUCAGAUGUUGGUUGAAGAAGAAGAAGAAGAAGAAGAAGGAGAAGGAGAAGACUGUACAUGUCAGAACAUUCUCACUGACCAAUUCUUCAAAUCUUUCAUUGAAGAUGAAGAUGGGGGGGGGGUUUCAAAUUCAUCUCUUUUUUUGUACAGGUAUUACAGAGACAGAUUGAUAGGUAAAUUCGUUGAGAAGGGUAGCAUUUUGGUUUAGUCCCUUUCAAAUUCUCUGAUAAAUUUGAACAGUAGAUUGCUCUAAUGUUCUCAUUCAUUGUUCUCAUUCAUUCUCUGUCUAAUAAAAACGAACCAUAAUUUUCCUCGCAAA